AGCAUGGUGUUUGGAAUCGAUGAAAUCGUUAUAUUUAAUGUUGAAGUUACUAGCGAUAAUAUAGGACAUAUAUACUACAGUUUAUAAAAAAUAAGAAACUCCAAAAUGAGUAAAAAGCAAAAACGUUAUUUUGAUUCAGGCGCUACCAACGAUGACAAUGAUCGUGGAGUGCAAUCUGAGAAGCAAAACAUUGCUAUCAAAAAAGAAAAACGCAAAGUGGAAGGGAAAUUUAAACCACAUCGCGCUUCAACUAAAACGAAAAAAAUUGUCAAUAAGAAAGAGCGUGCCCUCUGCAAAGAUGCAAAACGUAAAAAUGAUUUUGAAGUUCCAGUUAAACCGAAAACGCUGAAACGAUACACUCGUGGCGACGGGCUGAGUCUGGAAGGGGUUAAAAGUAAAUUUCAAAAAAUUCGACAAAAACGCAACGAAAUCAAUAUAGAGUUUGCUGCGGAGCAGGCGGCCCGAGCUGAAAUUCUACUUAAUGAAGAUGAAGGUUACUUGGAAGUGGACGACGAUGAAGACACUACCGAGAUCACCCAAGCGGAAAUCGUGAAUAACGUGGACAUCACUACAGCCGCGAAGCAUUUCAACUUGCAGUUGGAGUUUGGCCCUUACCGUAUGCGUUAUACCAAAAAUGGAACCUAUCUUUUACUCGGCGGGAAAAAAGGACACGUUGCAGCAUUCAAUUGGGUUCGAAAAUCACUACUUUGCGAGAUAAAUGUGAUGGAAUCGAUUCAUGACGUUACCUGGUUGAUGAAUCAAACAAUGUUUGCAGUAGCGCAAAAAAAUUGGGUUCAUGUAUACGAUAGUAAAGGAACGGAAAUACAUUGUAUAAAAGGAAUGAACCGGGUAACACGGUUGGAAUACCUUCCGCAUCAUUUUUUGCUAAAUUCAGCUAAUGAUGAGGGUUAUUUAUGCUGGCUUGAUGUGUCUAUGGGUAAAACUGUAAGAAGCUACAAUUCAAGAAUGGGGAACAUAACUAUGAUGUGUCAGAAUCCGUGGAAUGCUGUAACGUGUGUUGGAAAUUCUAAAGGUGUCGUUUCUAUGUGGGCACCUUCGCAGAAUCAGCCAUUGGCUAAAAUGUUAUGUCAUUCGAUGCCCCUGAGUGCAAUUGCUGUAGAUCCUAGUGGAAGAGCUUUGGCAACGGCUGGACUUGAUCGAACAAUUAAACUAUGGGACAUUCGUCAACUGAAUGGUCCUACAACGACUUACAAGCUACAAAGUCCUGUCUCCGGUAUUGAUAUUUCACAAAAAAAUUUAAUGGCAAUUUCAAUGGGCAACAUUUGCGAAAUUUUCGAAAAACCAAGUCUAGCUCAGCAAAAUCUUCGGCCGUUUUUGAGACAGCGUUUGCCGGCGACUGUCAGCAAUUUCCGCUUCUGCCCAUAUGAAGACAUUUUGGGCAUUGCGACUACCUCUGGUUUUACAUCGAUUAUAGUCCCCGGAGCUGGAGAGCCAAACUUUGACACCAUGGAAGCCAAUCCGUUUCAAACGCUCUCGCAACGACGCGAAGAUGAGGUGCACAGUUUGCUGGAGAAGAUUCCUUCGGAAUUUAUCUCGCUCAAUCCGUCGCAAAUUGCGGAAGUGGAUGUGCCUACGAUGAAGGAUCGAUUGGAUGCCAAAACCAAACUGCUCACCAUGAAGCCUCCAAAAAUUGAUUUCGAACCUCGUAUGAAAAAUCGUAUGUCGAAAGCGAAGCGCUUCCGAAAUAAGCAAAUCGUGAAGGAUGUCAAACGAAAAGAAGCUAUUCUGGAAAUAGUAGAGGCUAAGAAGGCUCUAAAACAAAGGAGUGAUCCAUCCGAGACGCCAGACUUCAUUCCGCUUGAAUCGAAGAAUGUUUUAGAUCGGUUUCAGGAUAAGAAAAAAAUGAAGAAAAAUUAG